AUGUUCACCUCUAAGUCUGAGUACGACCGCGGCGUGAACACCUUCAGCCCAGAGGGUCGAAUUUUCCAGAUCGAGUACGCCGUGGAGGCCAUCAAGCUCGGUAGUACCAGCCUCGGAAUCCGCACGCCUGAGGGCGUCGUUCUUGCCGCGGAGAAACGCGUGCCAUCGAACUUGGUCAUAUCGUCCAGCAUGAGCAAGAUCAUGGAGAUUGACAGCCACAUCGCAGCUGUCAUGAGUGGCAUGGUUGCCGAUGCGCGCAUCCUUGUCGAGCACGCCCGCGUGGAGUCGCAGAACCACCGCUUCACCUACAACGAGCCCAUGCACGUGGAAUCCUGCACGCUAGCGACCUGCGACCUGUCGAUUCAGUUUGGUGAGAGCGGUGGCAAGCGCAAGCUCAUGUCGCGCCCAUUUGGCGUGUCGCUGCUUAUAGCCGGUGUAGACGAAAAGGGCCCGCAGCUGUGGCAAACAGACCCUAGCGGUACGUACACGCGCUACGACGCCCAGGCCAUUGGUGGCGGUGCCGAAGCGGCACAAAGUGUCUUCACGGAGCGCUACCAUCGAAACAUGACGCUGGAGGAGGGCGAGACGCUCGCGGUGGACAUUCUGAGGCAGGUGAUGGAGGAGCAUCUAUCGCCAGAGAACAUAGAGGUGGCCGUGGUGCGGGCCGACGACGGUAAGGUGCACAUGUACGCUCCCGCAGAGAUCAAGGCAAUCAUGAGUCGCCUGCCAGAGUAA